GAAGCAGUGAUGGCGGAAGAGUGACGUUGUGCAUUGUGUGCAUAUGGGAAGUUGCGGGGGAGGGUGUAUUGUGAGGGGGUAUAUCGCCACCUGCACCGCACCGCGAGAUCGCACUUCGCUGCUCCCGUCACGGUUCACGAUUCCAGCGGGGACCCUCUGCUGCGUCUCUAGCGAACUUGGAUCAGCUCCUCACUAGUUCCACAAGCGCCCCCUUCACUUCUCCCCCUUCCUCCGUGAUGAACGGGGACGGGAGCGCCGGCAUUCGUGCCAUGUACCAGCCGGCGAACUUCGCCGCUGCAGUUAGCGGUAUUUCCACCGCCGGUUCUCCCCUCGGACUGCAGAGGAGCGCCUCCUCUGAGCGGCAACAAAUCAACUUCAGCAAUAUCUCUACAGUGAAGGUUGAGCUUCCCUCACCCAGCCCAACUACCUCCCACACAGGAACACCCUCCCCUCCCACUUCCCUCUCCGCCACGGCCCCCCAGGCUUCCAGUACCUCGACCUCGUCGUCCGCAGCUCUCCCUCAGUCCCUCUCCCCCUCCUCGCUCCUGACCCAGAUGAGCUCCCUGGGACCCACCGACCGGUGUACACCCUCACAGGCACAGGCAAUGGGUCAACAGGUGCUGGCUGUCAUUGCUCUUCACGAAAAGAACACCCUUCAGCUUCCUCUUGAACUACAGAACAGUUUUGACGUGUUCCACCGCUGUCUGGCUGUCGUCUUCGGGACCUUCUUUCUUAAUCUCUACUCGAAGGCCAACGCCCCGUGCCUGUUGUGCCACGGCUGCAAAUCUCUCUACCCCCCGGGCCAGUUUAUUCACCACAACUGCCCGGCCCUCUCGACCACAAUCGUACCGUGCCGGUCUCGCAUGUGGCGGCGUUGCCUCGUCCCCUUGGUCUCGCCCGGCGUGGACAAACUGCAGCAAAAACAACGCUGGAAAUACGUUUUGGAGAAGUUUUCUCACAACAACCACCGGCGGCAGAAUCCCAUACCGGCAAACGCCGAAGCUCAGAUUCUGGAGAUCCCGGAGUGCAAGAGAGGAAGAUUUGUGGCCACUCCAGCAACCGAGCAACAGAGACUGAGGGAGAACGGGGGAGGUGGGAUGGGGGAGGAGGGGGAGGGGGAGGAUAAGGAGGAGGAGGAGAUGGAGAAGGGUUCUUCGGCAACAGGGAUUCAGAGCUUCAUGAAGAACCAUUCGAACUCUGCACUUUUGGACGUCGAACCACCGGACUGCGAGGAAGAGGACUGUACAUUGGAGAGUCUGGCGACCAUGGACUCAACUAUCCCCUGUCCAUCCUCCCACCCCUCCCCAUCUCCUCCUCCCCGCUCUCACACUCACUCCUUGCACAAUGCUCAAAACUCACGCCCUGCUUCGUCAGCUCUCGGUCUGGCAGAGCAACUGGUGCUAGAGGUGAAGAGACUGCAGCAAGAACUUAGUCUCACCAGAACCAAACUCACCACUGCCGAAGAGCUCAUUCACAAAAUGCCGUCCGAAGCAUGUAUGAGGGAGCAGUUGGCCCAGGCUCUGGCAGUACAACAGCAGCUAUCACUGGAGAAGGAGCAAGCUCAGGAGCAGGCUCGGUUGGCCAGAGAGAGGGCCGAUCAUCUGCAACAUCAGGUCAAUCGACUCAGAAUCGCACACGGUGAGUGGUAUAUAUGUACUACAAACACACAUUGGGCAUGGAAAUCAACGUGUUUAGGCUUAUCUAUGCACGUACUGCUAUAGUUACAUACAUUCAUGCUUAUUUCACACAUCCACGCACAGCACUGGGAGAGUUCCGCGCAUUAAUUUUUUGUACCUCAAAAAUAAUACCACAUUGUGCUUCUGAGAUCUCUAAUAUUCAGCUGUAGCAGGCUAAGCUUGGCAUUUUGGGAGCGGUAGCAGACAGGAGACUUGUAGCUAGCUAGUAGUGUACGCGAGCGUAUAGUUUUAUUUGUCUAUGCUUCGUAGCCUUUUUGCACACAUUCUUAAACCAAAUAUUCACAUCCUAAUCCAAGCUAUUGCACUUGUAGUAACAAUUAUUUCAACCACACAUUCGCAAAACUGUGAGAUUGCUUUUCAGUGAUGCGCUAAAGUUUUGCCAUAAA